AGGUGUGAGGAUGUGUGUUUUGUCAGUCUGUGUUAUCUCCCUCUUGUGUUCCCUCAUUGUUAUCACACAUUCCCCUCAAUCUGGUUCCUGCUGUUUAAUCAUCCUCACCUGUUGUCAUCUCCAAUCAGUCCUACUCCCAGGUGUUCCUCAUUUCCUCAUUUCUCAGUCUGUAUAAAUACCCUUCUCUUCAGAUCAUUCCUCGCUGGAUCAUUACUUGGAUUACUCCUACUGUUUUGUUGUCCUUGUUGUCCCUCAGAGUUUUAGUUUUAUUUUUGCUGCCCUGACAGCUCUUUGUUUUGUUUGUUUAAAUAAAUCUUUUUAUUUAAAUCUCAUCCUCCGUCCGGAUUUGGGUUCAUUCUGCACCUCAACCUAACAGCCAGCAUCUUCUCCGAGAGGGUCCCGGACACCGCCUCCGUCAGUACCAACUCCAAGGAAGUCCCAGACACCUCUCACCCCUGUGCCUCCUCCGAGAAGGUCUACGAGACCUAGCACCGACUGCACCCCGGCGAGGCGGGACGCUUCAACCUCCAUCUCUGCUCCGGUGUGGCAGGACACCUCCACCUCCUGUGCUCCCAGCGCCUCUGUGAGAGUUGACGCCUCCACUGCCUCCUGCGCUCCGACGAGGGUCGAUGCCUCCACUGCCUCCUGCGCUCCGACGAGGGUCGACGCCUCCACUGCCUCCUGCGCUCCGACGAGGGUCGAUGCCUCCACUGCCUCCUGCGCUCCGACGAGGGUCGACGCCUCCACUGCCUCAUGCGCUCCGAGGAGGGUCGACGCCUCCACUGCCACUAGUGCUCCAGAGAGGGUCGACGCCGCAGUCUCCUGUGUGGAGGGUCUUGGAGGGGAGGAAGUGGUGGUCACCACSCUGGCCACUGUGAUCAUGUUCCUGACUGCAGCUCUGGUGGAGGUGUUGCUCAUGCCGACUACAGUAACAGAACCCACUGAGCCAGAACCGACUACAGUAACAGAACCCACUGAGCCAGAACCAACUCUUGAGCCCACAGAGCCAGAACCAGCACCUGAGUUAAGGCCCCCGGGUCAGAUUGUGAAGUCCCCGGGUCUGCCUGACCGGCCCCUGCAGCAGUGUCACCCGAGCCGGCCCCUGCAGCAGUGUCACCCGAGCCGGCCCCUGCAGCAGUGUCACCCGAGCCGGCCCCUGCAGCAGUGUCCCCCGAGCCGGCCCCUGCAGCAGUGUCACCCGAGCCGGCCCCUGCAGCAGUGUCCCCCGAGCCGGCCCCUGCAGCAGUGUCCUCCGAGCCGGCCCCUGCAUCUGUGCCCCCCGAGCCGGCCCCUGCAGCUGUGCCUCCCGAGCCGGCCCCUGCAGCUGUGCCUCCCGAGCCAGCCCCUGCAGCUGUGCCUCCCGAGCCGGCCCCUGCAGCUGUGCCUCCCGAGCCGGCCCCUGCAGCUGUGCCUCCUGAGCCGGACCUUCCUGAGCAUCUUCGUGGCAGAGCUCCAGGCCGCCCGCCAGAGCUCCGCCCCCGACGCGGUCUGGUCCACGGCCGCCCUCCAGAGCUCCACCCUCCAGAGCUUCCUGAGCAUCUUCGUGGCAGAGCUCCAGGCCGUCCGCCAGAGCUCCUCCCUCCAGAGCUUCCUGAGCAUCUUCGUGGCAGAGCUCCAGGCCGUCCUCCAGAGCUCCACCCCCGACGCGUCUUUGACAAUGAAAACAAUUAUCUUUAUAACAUUAUUAUUACUUUACAUAUAA